AUGGCAGCCCUGAACAGCAAUCUGCUCCUCCUAGCUUCCAUCUUCACUCUCGCGGUUCUGGCUUCCACAGCCACGGCACGCCACAACCCCCACGAGGCCGACGUUCGCCGCAGGCACGAGCAGUGGAUGGCGCGCCACGGACGAGUUUACAGCAGCCCCAACGAGAAGGAGACGCGGUACCAGAUAUUCAAAGACAACGUAGCUCUCAUCGACUCUUUCAACGCCCAAGGCGCCAAACCUUACAGGCUUGGAGUCAACCAGUUUGCGGAUCUGACCAACGAGGAGUUCAGAACUACCAGGAACAGGUUCAAGGGCCACAUGUGCUCCCCGCAGCGGGGAACCUUCAGGUACGAAAAUGCGAGCGACGUGCCAUCCACCAUGGAUUGGAGGAAGAAGGGAGCCGUCACUCCGGUGAAAGACCAAGGCCAGUGCGGAUGCUGCUGGGCGUUUUCGGCCGUUGCGGCGGUGGAAGGAAUUAAUCAGCUUAGUACGGGAAAACUAGUGUCCCUCUCGGAACAAGAGUUGGUCGACUGUGACACCAGUGGGGAGGACCAAGGCUGCAAUGGCGGCUUGAUGGAUGAUGCUUUCCAGUUCAUCAUCCAGAACAAGGGCUUGACCACCGAGUCCAACUACCCUUACACCGCAGCGGAUGGAUCCUGCAGUGCUAGCAAAGAAGGCAAACACGCCGCUGACAUCAAGGGGUAUGAAGACGUGCCGGCUAAUAGUGAGUCCGCAUUGCUCAAGGCCGUGGCGAAUCAACCCAUUUCGGUCGCGAUUGAUGCAGGGGAUUCCUCGUUCCAGUUCUACGAGAGUGGGGUCUUUACAGGGGAGUGUGGUACUGAACUGGACCAUGGUGUGACGGCCGUUGGGUAUGGCGAGAGCGGCGGGAUGAAGUUCUGGUUGGUGAAGAAUUCUUGGGGGACUCAGUGGGGAGAAGAAGGAUACAUCCGUAUGCAGAGAGAUGUUUCUGUCGAGGAAGGCCUUUGCGGCAUUGCUAUGCAGGCUUCUUACCCUACUGCUUGA